GCAGGCGGUCGUGACGUUGCUCUUAUAUAACAGCAAGGCAGCGUUUCCAGUGGUAUUGUUGUUGUUGUUGUUUUGAGUCUAGAAGCUGCAACCACCGAGAGACGCGAUGUGGAAGAUUGUUUUCCCUGUUCUCGCGGCCGUCUUCGCCGUAGGGUACGGCGGACUGAUCGGCGGCUUCAGAGACGCUGAUAUCCACGACCCAGGCGUGCAAAACGCCCUGGUCUUCGCCGUGAACGAGCACAACAGUCGCACCAACGACAUGUACCUGAGCAGAGUGAUGGAGGUGGUGAGCGCUCAGACUCAGGUGGUUGCAGGCAUAAAGUACGUCAUAACUGUCAAGCUGGGAAGGACCGCCUGCAGAAAGUCCGCCGUUGGUGAGCAGUGUGAAGUCCACACGGACCUGGAGAAGGCUCGGCCCUACCAGUGCACAUUCACAGUGUGGAGCCGCCCCUGGUUAAAUGACGUCAGGUUGAUCGAUGAGAAGUGUUAGAAAGAGAACAACUCCGGGGAGUCUUCUGAAUUGGCAUUGAUUGCCAUAUAACCUAAACUUCCAAGUGGAAUCUCAUCCUCCCCUCAAAGGAAUCACAAAAGCUAUUAGCUCUAUUUUCUGUCUGCAACCACUUCAUCAUAUUCUAGGUAGAAUAAACUUGUUACAAACUUACUGAUAUAGAGGUGCAAUAAUAUGGAGAUGUGUUGGCUUUUUAGAACUUUUCAAUACCUAAUCACUAAUACAAGCUAAUAACAAGUUUUCCACAUGUAAUGACUUUUAAAAACUGUUUUAAUAAAAGUUGCAUGUUGAAUUUA